GGAGCUGCUAGCGUUGUUGUCGCUGUUGCGGCGGCUAGACAGGAAUACGAAUUCGGCGAGAUUUUCCUCACGUAAAUAAGCGCAGAAAUGGGGAAGAAGCACAAGAAACACAGGCCCGAGUGGAGAAAGGUCGAAGGAGACUAUGAGGACAAACCUCUGGAUAAACCCUUGAAGUUGGUGCUCAAGGUGGGCGGCAGCGAGGUGACCGAGCUCUCCGGAUCCGGACAUGACUCCAGUUACUAUGACGACCGCUCUGACCACGAAUGGGAGCGACACAAAGAGAAGAAGAAGAAGAAGAAGAAGAAAUCCGAGAAGGAGAAGGAGAAGUAUGGAGAUGAUGAGGAGAGGAGGAGGAGGAAGGAGGAGAAAAAGAAAAAGCGUGAGCGAGAGCAGUCAGAAAGCGCUGCCAGCGCACCGGUGGAGCCGUUCACUCUGCCGAAGCCCGUGGAGGUGCUUCCAGAGGAGAAGAAGCGCAAGCGGGACAAAUUCGAAUCGGAAUCGGAAGCGGAUGAGUUUCAUCCCGGAGUGAAAGUGGAGGUGGAGCAGCAGGCAGAUCGGCCCGUACGAGCCUGUCGAACCCAGCAAGAAAACGAAUCCACCCCUCGCCAGCAGCUCCUGGAGCAUUUCCUGCGUUUGCUUCAGAGGAAAGACCCGCAUGGCUUCUUCGCCUUCCCGGUGACCGACGCCAUCGCUCCGGGGUACUCCAUGAUAAUCAAGCAUCCCAUGGACUUCAGCACGAUGAAGGACAAGAUCGACGCCAACGAAUACAAAACCAUCACGGAAUUCAAGGCAGACUUCAAGCUGAUGUGCGACAACGCCAUGGUUUACAACCGGCCGGAGACGGUUUACUACAAGGCCGCCAAGAAACUCCUCCACACGGGAUUCAAGAUGAUGAGCAAAGAGCGGCUGUUAGCUUUGAAGCGCAGCAUGUCGUUUAUGCAGGACAUGGAUUUCUCUCAGCAGGCUGCCAUUUUGGGAGAUGACGACAUCGCGCCCGAGGAGCCGGCGACGGAGAUCCUGCCCAUCCACACGGAGUACCCCAAAAAGUCCAAAAAGCAGCCUGUAAAGGAGCCCAUCAUCAGUGAUCUGUACGAGCUGGAGGGCAACGCCUGCAGUUUGACGGACAGCACGGCGGAGGAGCACGUGCUGGCGCUGGUGGAGCACGCCGCGGACGAGGCGCGGGAUCGAAUCAACCGCUUCAUGCCAAACUCUAAGAUUGGAUACCUUAAAAAAGACGCCGAAGGGUCCCUCAUCUAUAAUGUUGUGAAUCAAGAUCCUGAAGCAGAAGAGGAAGAGACUCAUUCUAUAGAUUUGAGCACUUUGGCGAAUAAGCUCAUCCCUGGACUGACGUCGCUGGGGUUUAAAGACGACAGGAGACACAAAGUGACGUUCCUGAGCAGCGCGUACAACACUCAGACGCUUCAGAACAACUCCGUGUAUCCCGACCUGCUCCCCGAGGAGAUGGACACGCUGUACUCGGCUUACGGAGACGAGACCGGUGUCCAGUGUGCUCUCAGUCUGCAGGAGUUUGUUAAAGGUUGUGGGAGUUUCACCAGGAGACUUGUGGAUGAUCUUCUGGAUAAAAUGACGGCGGGCGAUCAUUCGAAAGCCAUCAUCCAAAUCCGUCAGAAAAGAAACUUGCCGAUCGACGACACUAAAUCUAGUUUAUGUGACAUGCCGGGGCCCGAUGGAGCCGGCGUGGAGUCCGGGUCGGUGCUGGACUUCAUGUCCAUGAAGAGCUACCCGGACGUGUCUCUGGAGAUGCUCAGCACGCUAGGUAAAUGUGUGAAGAAGGAGCCGGAGCACGAAGACGGACAUCAGCACUUCGAGGACGCCGCUAAGCUCCUGCAGGAGUUUCAGGACGCGGCGGUGGACCGAGUCGGAUCCCGACCCUCGUCCAAUCUCUCGUCUCUGUCAAACACUUCAGAGCGGGAGCAGCACCAUUUAGGAAGCUCGCCUCAUCUGGGCGUCGGAGAUCAGACAGAGAUGGUUCAGGACCCGUACGAGUUUCUUCAGUCUCCAGAGCCUGGCUCUACUGCCAACAGCUGAUGGGACGCGCUGUAACGAUCUGCUUUUCUAAAGGACUGUAAGCUUGUACAGAUUCACUGCAUCACGUCUUUGUUUUUAAAUAAACGCUCUGUGUACGAUUCUCUUUUUA